CCUGAUCAAUCCCAGGAAACCAUUAAGAAAUAAGUGUGAUCAGAAUAAUAAUGACGCUGCAAUAAUAGACUGCUCUUCAUCAUAAACUAGCUCUUCUUAUCUGUUUAUCCUCGGCAAUCGAUGCUCAGACCACCAUGUUCAAUCAGACCAAUAACGGUAAUACCGUGAAGUGGCGGGCGGAAUUAUGCUGACCCGGGGGGUUAGGUUGCCUGGUCAGAUCAACCCAGAAACACAAUCUUAACUGGAACAUUGACAGCAAUCAAGAGCGACACAACGCCGCUGGCGCUUGUAUCGUCCCACCGAAAUGUCUCUCGACCAGAGAGUCCAGGUCUGGCUCAGCAACAUCCAACAAUCCACCGACGAUCCAUCGCCUGUAACAGAACCGUACGCCGAUGUCCCGCCCAAUCCCAUGAAACGUCGACGAGUCGAUUCACCACCUCGCGAGACCUGGCCAAAUAUCAAGCUAUCGCCCAACGACCCGUUCUACGAUAUCAAGAAGAGAUGGCUCCUCGAGGAAGAAACAGCCAUCAAGAAGAUACGCCUCCAGCAGGCUAAAAACGACAUGCUCAGGGAAGAAUUAGCCAGAAUUGAGAAUCGACCGCUCAAGAAACGAGCGACCGCCAGCAACCAAGUAUCCUCCGAGGUGCAGCAGCAAUACUGUAAUUUUGUCAGCUACAGUACAGGCAAGGUCGAGCGACGGCUCAUCAGUAGAGUUAUACCAGCUCCGCAACCUGUGACAACAGAAUCCCGUACACCCUCCUCGUCGGGAUGGGCACAACUACCCCGAUCGCAAGACGUCAAGGUCGAACCUGACACUGAACCUGUUUCGUGGCCGCAACCGGUCAAUGAUAAACCCGUCGCUGCGCCGCCUCUGCCGAUCCUACGAACAAUAAAAGUCGAGCCCGAUAUCGAACCCCCACCAACGACGUUAACGACCCUCCUCAAGCGAAUAAACGACAUAUAUGCCGGCCGCGGUAUUAUGUCAUCACAACUCCGAAGCACGCUGCUCGAUUCGGUCAAAUUUCUUUCUUUCGACAAAAUGUCCUGGGCGCAAGGUGGGAAGGAGAGCGAUGUGCAUUACUGCCCGCAGCGCCACAAAUUAGGCCAAAUGCCCACCCCUAUGGAUGUUGAGAGGAUCAUGUACCGGGCUGCCAUCUGUGCCAAAGCUGAGAGCCCGACGACAGAGUGGAAUAUGGAGGUUGUUCACAAAAUCCUAGACCUUUCGUUUAGGUGUAGCGCGAACAUCGGGCAGGACCUCGUCGACUUCAGAUCCAGCACUGAUGGCUCGAUCAUUCAGGACUACCACCCGUAUCUUGGCUCCCCGCAGCCCCCCGACUUCUGCGUCUAUGUAGAUCCAAAUUGCGACGACGAACCAGAUAUUCCGUGUGUGAUCGAGGACGUCCAAAAGAACUUUAAAGUGCAUCCCUUCAAUCACAUCGACCUCAAGUCACUCCAGCAACGACCGAUCGCGUUCCACAUAUACACUCUUGCAGAGAACACAACUGCCGAGCUCCAGCGCGUACGAGCCUCGUUCGUCGCGCAUCGCUCAUUUCUUAGGCGUUUGGUCGGGCUGAGAGAAAAGUCCGACAACUAUUAUAAUGUUGAGUGUCGCAUACAUGUCCUCCCCGACUUCCUCCUAGGGGUUAUUGUCAACAAGCAUAACUGGUUUCUCAGCAUCUUAAAGCCAGGUGAAGAGAAUGCGAGGUUUUAUGGGAUUGGUGAUACGGCAACAUCGAUGGGCGUUUUCAAGAUUGUAUGUGCGCUGCAGGUUCUGCGGGAUUGGGUCGAGAAGGACUACUGGCCUUGGAUGCACAAGCUUUUGUUCAAGUGGCCCUAUGAUUGUGCUGGAAAAGUAUAUGCUUGGUGAUACCCCUAGAUUGUCAGGAUACCCCAUUUGUACUCUAUUCGCUUGUCUUUAUUUUGUUCAGAGCAUCGGCGCAAGGUCUAUUUAGUUGAGUACACAAUCUCGGAUACUUCUUCCCUAGUCAAGACCUUGCCGAACGAGAACAUCACAUCUGUCAUGGUCUUGCCGAUGAUCUGCUCAAUUUGCUCGUCGCUUGUGACCCCAACCUCUUUUAGUGUACUCGGCAGCCCUGUAACCUUGACAAGCCGUGCAACGCAACCCCCCGCCUCAGUCUCCUCCCAUCCCAGCGUCUCAUUGAAGAUCUUCACGAUCUUAGCUUGCGCCUCAGGGUUUCUCGCUUUGGUGUAUCGCAACACAGGCGGGAGCAUAAUACAGCUUGUAAUGCCGUGCAUUACCUUCCCAACACUACCCAAUUGGUGGCCAAUUGCAUGACUGGCACCCAUGUUGACUCUGUAGAUAAUAAAGCCCAUGAGCGCCAUGCGACUUCCAGCUUGACACUUGCUCACGCCGUGGACGAGCUCAUCUUCACCUUCUUUUCCUCGCCCCAUCCCCUCUUUAUACUCAAUCAACCCUUUAGCCAAGUCUUGCAGUGCUUUUUCGCACCAUUCCUGCACAUCAGGAUACUUUUUGCAUUCGGGAUUGCAUAACGUCUCAACGCAAUGAUCAACAGCCCGUAUUCCAGAACUUAACCACAAUUUCUCAGGCGACGUUCUCGCAACCCACGGAUCCAUGAGAAUCAAAUCCGGCGCACCACCA